AGGUGACGUAUGGUGGGUCACUUUGAACAUCCAAUUAGACGAUCAUGCAGUCAGAAAAUUUUCCGAUACUUUUACCAAAUUAAAUUCAUCUGAGGGACUAAUAGAAGACAUUGUUGCCUAGGUUGCUCUCAAGAAUUUUACAUGGAAAGACUGCAAAAACCCUGCAAAUACAAGGAUUGCAACGAUUGUAGACCAGGAAGUGGGUAGAGAUAAAGUAGUUUUUGUUAUUGGAAGGAAUGGACGGUUGUAUCAAUAUAAUACAUUGUCUGGAUUAUGGCAUGAGCAUCAUCAAUCUCAGCACCUAGUUCUCUCAAGAUUACCUGGGACAGCCAUGAGACCAUCAACACUAUCUUUGCAAAGCUCACUUUUCAUGGUUUCAGAAGAUGGUGGACUAGUUGAAUAUCACUGGAACUCACUUGAUGGAUGGAUGUGGAUUGAACAUGGCACACCUAAUGAAGGAGUAACAAUAGUUGGAGCACCAGGGCCAAGUUUUGAGGAUCAUCAGUUAUUCUUAGUUGGCUCAGAUGGGAAAGUUCACCUUCGGUACUUCGACCUAGGAGAUUGGAAGAGGAGAAACUUUGGAAUUCCAAAUUUAGAAAGUAGAUCAGUUGAGCAAGAAAGAAAGGAAAAACUGAAGCAUCAAAGAGAAAAUUGUCUUAAUGACAAUGCAGAAAAGGCCAAGGCGAGAAAGAUGAACAAGAGUUGUGAUCCUAAGGUGGCAUCUACACGGCCUAUCCGAUCAGCAAAGGAUAAAAUAAUCUUUGAGCUAAGAGAUGGCAGGGUAAGCAUGUCAUCUUAA